GGGCCGGCCCGCGCUCGCUCACCAUGGGGGCCUUCCCGGAGCUGCCGAUGCCGCUGCUGGUGAACUUGAUCGGCUCGCUGCUGGGGUUCGUGGCCACGGUCACCCUCAUCCCAGCCUUCCGGGACCACUUCAUCGCCGCGCGCCUUUGUGGCCUGGACCUCAACAAAUCCGGCCAGAAGCAGAUCCCAGAGUCCCAGGGAGUGAUCAGCGGUGCUGUCUUCCUUAUCAUCCUCUUCUGCUUCAUCCCCUUCCCCUUCCUGAACUGCUUCGUGGAGGAGCAGUGUAAAGUCUUCCCCCACCACGAAUUUGUGGCCCUGAUAGGUGCGCUCCUGGCCAUCUGCUGCAUGAUCUUCCUGGGCUUCGCGGAUGAUGUCCUGAACCUGCGCUGGCGCCACAAGCUGCUGCUGCCCACGGCCGCCUCGCUGCCUCUCCUCAUGGUCUAUUUCACCAACUUUGGCAACACGACCAUUGUGGUGCCCAAGCCCUUUCGUCCGCUGCUCGGCCUGCAUUUAGACUUGGGUAUCCUAUAUUAUGUCUACAUGGGGCUGUUGGCAGUAUUCUGUACCAACGCCAUCAAUAUCCUAGCAGGAAUUAAUGGCUUAGAGGCUGGCCAGUCACUGGUCAUUUCUGCUUCAAUCAUCAUCUUCAACCUGGUGGAGCUGGAAGGUGACUGUCGAGAUGAUCAUGUCUUUUCCCUCUACUUCAUGAUACCCUUUUUUUUCACCACCUUGGGAUUGCUCUAUCAUAACUGGUACCCAUCACGGGUGUUUGUGGGAGAUACCUUCUGUUACUUUGCUGGCAUGACCUUUGCCGUGGUGGGCAUCUUGGGACACUUCAGCAAGACUAUGCUACUCUUCUUCAUGCCCCAGGUGUUCAACUUCCUCUACUCACUGCCACAGCUCCUGCAUAUCAUCCCCUGCCCUCGUCACCGUGUGCCCAGACUUAAUACUAAAACAGGUAAACUGGAGAUGAGCUAUUCCAAGUUCAAGACCAAGAGCCUCUCUUUCUUGGGUACCUUUAUUCUAAAGAUAGCAGAGAGUCUCCAGCUAGUGACAGUGCAUCAGAGUGAUGAUGAGGAUGGUGCCUUCACCGAGUGUAACAACAUGACCCUCAUCAACUUGCUACUUAAAGUCUUUGGGCCCAUGCAUGAAAGAAACCUCACACUGCUCCUGCUGCUGCUACAGAUCCUGGGCAGCGCUGUCACCUUCUCCAUUCGGUACCAGCUUGUCCGACUCUUCUACGACGUCUGAGCCCCCUGAUCAUUGCCUUUUACCUCACAGUCUCCAGGGUUCCUGACUCAGGCCAACCUCACUCUAGACCAAGACUGCGUCCCAGCCCGGCCCCUCCCACCCCUUCUCCUGAGCGUUCCUUCCCCUGUGAUGAUUGACGUCCUGGGCCUCCGUUGCCCUCCAGUGACUACUGAUUGGACUUGGCCUGUAGUUUCCUUCCACCUGCCACUCUCCCUGUCCCCCGUGUCCUGCGCCCCCGGGCGGGACACUGCAGCGUGGGUUUCCCACAGUCUGACUCUCAAGGAAUGUGGGCCUGGGGAAUAACCCUGGCUGGCGACAGGGCCAGGGCUCGGCGAUGACUUCGCCUUGGCCCGUAAAUGAAGUACCCCAGUCAGUGAAAGGAGACGGGGUGUGGGGCGCAGGUGCUCCAGUGGUAACAAUAAAGUUUGUCUUUUUCUUG